AUGCCCGGUGGCUCUGAUGCGGGUGAUUGUGGUGAAGAGGCCAAGAAGCGCACGAGCGAUGGACUGUUUUCUGAGAGAUCUCUAAGUGUGCGUACUCACUUUGAAUCUCAGUCGGCGAAUUUUUUGUCUCCAUCGAGUCGAAGGGGUUUCAGACGGAGCUCUUCUCUCGGCGGAGCGCGGGAUCCUGGUUCAUGGCGGAGACGCUCCAUCAGCCUUUCAAGAGAUGGCUCGAGUAGGUCAUUUGAAGAUGUCCCAAGCGAGGUCAUUGCACAGGUUGGGGACAGCGGGGAUCGAAUGUUGGAUGGCACAGUGGGAAAUGUAACGGCAGACAACCUAGAUGAAUUGUAUGGAACUCAUCCGAGGAGGUAUUCAUCAGGUAGUCACAGGGAAUCCUGGCGUAAGGGCUCAAUCAGGCUCUCCCAUGACUUGGAAGAUGGAAUUCUGGAGGAUGAGGAAAACCGCUUCUCUGCAAAAAUCGGGGACAGCGGGGAUCGAGUAGUGGGAGAAAAAUUGUUUGAUGAAGAGGGCGGUCUCAUGAUUGAACAGGACGUAUUUACAAUUUCUGAGACGGAUGUUGUCCCAAUCCCAGAUGGGCGGUCACCAUUGGAACUGGAGAAAAUAUCUCUGCCCACUGAUUCUAUUCUCUAUUCGAAGGAGGAAAAGAUCAGUACAUUGAUUGUGCAGCCUGUACAGGUUUGUUGUGAAAUGUAGACCAUCCCACUUUCGUUUGGCGAUGAAUUACCGAGGUUUUCAUACUAUUUUAAGUUUAGCAUUUACUUUGGUGGCCGAAAUAUGUGUUUAAAAUAUUAAUUUGUUUUUUUGGAAGAUUUCCAUUUCUGAAUGGAGAGUAUGAGGUCGUGCAGGGGUUGUAAUGAAAUGCAGAUUGUUGUGUGAUUUGCUUUUUCCUCCCGACUGAUUUUCCCUAGAUGUAUCCUUUGGUGUAAUAAAAUCUUCGUUUGAACAAAUAAUUAUUCAACUUAUUCUGCUAAUUUUAUUGUCUUUUCUCUUGCCUGAAGAGAUGUUGAGAAAGUUUUUGGCUCCAUUGAUGUCGAGCCCUCAUUUGUUUUGAUUCGUUCCUCAGUGCUUUCUGCCACAGAACGUAGAUUCAAUCAAGGCAAAUUUUUCCGUCAUCAGUCGGAAAGAACAAGACUACACCUGAGAAAACCAUACAAGUAGGUUUUAAAAAAUAAGGAGGAUCUUUCAUGCUUUGCUUAAAAAAUAUCACCUGAGAAAUGUUUCCUCAGUCUGAAAUGAUCCCUUUCUUUCUUCUUUCUCCAGCUGUGGGUACUAAUGGAUUGCUCUUUUCUGCAGAGAUAUAAGUUGUCACGGCCGCUAGACUACAUGGCUUACAUGCUUCCAAUGGCUGUGUUCGGGAUCCUUGGGGUGAGCCAUGAAAUCAUACUAUAGAUAGAUCUAAUGAUUUCCUUCAUAGCAUGACCUUGAUUCUUUCCAUGUGAUCUUUAUUUACCGCCCCAUGCAUUAGUCUCCAUGUAUCAUAAUCAUCUCAGCUUAGCAACCGAUAUCAAUUAAAUUGCAAUAAUUUUACCGCUGAUCUCCGGAGAAAGAGGACGUGAAAUAACUCAAAACAUCUGUUUGAUUUCCUGCUCUACGCUAGCUAGCAUGAAGAUCCGCAUGGAGAUGGCUUGCCUGUCAGCUUGAUCAUGUUUUUUUAUCAUUCUGACCAUGUCAUACGCCAUGGUAUGUUCUUAUCGGUUGCCAGGUUUUUACAAGGCAUUUACUGCAAAAGCUGUUCGGGCCCGGUUGUCUUGCAUUAACGAGAGAUGGAACACCUCUCUACCUCGAUCUCCCAGCCAAUAUGGUCUCUUUCUUUCUCUCUCUCUCUCUCUCUCUCUAAAAGAAAUAACACGCACAUACAUUCGACUUUCCGUAAAAUGUGCUCCUCCUCAUCAGGUUGGUUCAUUCUUCAUGGGAUGGUUCGGCCUUGUGUUCAAAGGAGACGUGCGCCAUGUCUCGGAUCAUCUCGCCGUCGCCCUGACAACAGGGUUCAUGGGGAGCCUCACAACAUUCAGCGGUUGGAACCAGAAAAUGCUCGAUUUGUCCUCAGAGGACCACUGGGUCUUUGCUGCGGCCGGCAUCAUCCUGGGUAAGCCGAAACCUGUCGCUCAUCCUCUCAGAUCUUCUCCCUACCUAUCAUAACUUUACAUGGAAGGAUGGAUAGGUGGCCGGUUCCUUCCAUCCAAGGAACCAGUUCUAGCUCGCCGAAUGAAGAACACUGUACUUGCCGCAGGUUUCUUCAUUGUGAACGAGAGUUUCAGGUACGGCGUCGCCUCGGCGGACUUUCUCCGGGAACACCUUCUGAAUCUGUUCGAUGAGACUCCGGACAGGCCCACUUUCGUCCCGGAUAGAUGGGCGGUGAGGAGGCCCGGCCAGCACGCGGCUGCCAUGACCGCGGCGCUGCUCCUCUUGUGCUCGCUGUGGGGCGUCAGCGGCGCGAUGACGGGAACCUCACUGGACGGUCUCAGAGACGGCUCCGUGCUGUGGGUGGCCUGCCUCGCCGCGCCGCCGGGCGUGUGGCUCCGCUGGUACCUCGCCAGGUUCAAUGGCAGGGGCCUCGGCAAGAAGGCCGUCCUCAAGUGGCUCCCCAUCGGCACCAUGGCGGCCAACAUCCUCGCAGCUCUCGCCAUGGGAGCCCUCUCCACCGCCGACAAGGAGGUCAGUAAGCGCAGAGGAUUUACUCGCCUUCCUCCUCCGUGAUCUGACCUCUUCUGUCUUCUUCUCCCUCCGCUGUGCAGGUGGACUCGAGAAGAGCGGGGCUGAUCAUAAGGGGACUCCAGUUCGGCUUCCUGGGUUGCCUGAGCACGGUCUCCACCUUCGCCGCCGAGGUCUACGCGAUGCGCCAGAGCGGCCACGAGGGCAGGGCUCUGGCCUACGCGGCCGCCACCUUCGUCCCCUCCUUCGCCAUGGGCACCCUCAUUUACUCCGUACCAGUGUGGAUCCGGCAUUACCACUGA